AUGAACCGUUUUGGAAGUCCGUCUCAAUCCACAUCAGUAAUAACUUCACUCAGUGGUCAGACUCCAAUUAGUAGUGGUCACUCCCUUGGCCCGUCAUCUGUACUUACAGGAACGGGACCAAGUUCAAUUUUGGGAUCAACUAGUAUUAUUGGUGGACCAUCAUCAACUCUUGGACCAGGUUCAAUAAUUAUGGGAAACACUAGUGGUCCAACUUCUAUCCUUAGUAAUGUUAGUGGCGUUGGGCCUAGUUCAAUACUUGCAAGUGCUGGGCCAAGCUCUGUUUUAGGUGGUAGCAUUUUGGGACAGCAUGGAGGACCAGGGUCAAUACUUAAUAGCCAAGGAGGCCCUAGUUCAUUAUUAAGUUACAGUGGGGAGCGAGGAGGACCAUCCAGUGUAAUGAAUGUUGGCGGAAAUCCGGGAUCUGUCUUUCAGGAGAUGAAUCCAGCCUCUGUUGGUCCAGGAAAUCUCGCCGUACCGAUGACACCCUUAGCUGGUGACAAUUUUCAACCGGCAUCAAAUAUCCCUAUGGUUUCAACAAAUCCACCACAGACUCCCGGUUCCCAGUUGGUUGAUGUUCCUUCACCAGCGCUGCAAAAUAUAGUUUCAACUGUCAACUUAGGAGUUCCACUAGAUCUAAAGAAAAUUGCGCUUCACGCUAGAAAUGCCGAAUACAAUCCAAAACGUUUUGCUGCGGUUAUAAUGAGAAUACGUGAACCUCGCACAACAGCCCUAAUAUUUUCGUCGGGAAAAAUGGUUUGUACAGGUGCAAAAUCUGAGGAAUCAAGCAGACUCGCUGCUCGAAAAUAUGCCAGGAUAGUACAAAAGCUCGGUUUCAACGCUAAGUUUACAGAAUUCAAAGUUCAGAACAUGGUUGGUUCGUGCGAUGUCCGUUUCCCUAUACAGUUAGAAGGAUUGUGUUUGACACAUACUCAGUUUUCUACUUAUGAACCAGAACUUUUCCCUGGUUUGAUUUAUCGAAUGGUAAAACCAAGAGUAGUACUGCUCAUAUUUGUUAGUGGGAAAGUAGUUAUAACAGGUGCAAAAUAUAAAAAAGACAUCGAUGAUGCAUUCAACCAAAUUUAUCCAAUUUUGAAAGGCUUCAAGAAAUGA